AGCAUAACCAUUCCACAACUAACGUAAACAAUAUGGAGUAUGCACUGAAAACGCAAUUUUAGGCUUACAAUUGGCUAGCCUUAGAAUGAGUGGAAGAGAGAGAGAAACAGACCCUCUUCCCAUUCUUGGAGAAGAUGGUGCAGUGUUUCAAUACGGAGACCCGAGGAGGGUACCCCCUCAAGGUUCAAACAAAGCUCAAUCUAGAAGAACCCCCACCCCCACUAAACAAGUCAAUCUCAAGGUCGUCAGUCGGAGGGGUGACUCCCCAGAAUGUGAAGAUUUUGUAGAUAUGGAGGAACUGAGACAAUCUUUAAGUCGGGAAAAUUCUAGAAUAUUUGAACCGAAAGAAGAAGAGAAGGUUAUUCAUGGAGCCAACUCAAAAUCAACAAGGAGAGGUCAUAGUUGUAGUCAUGGUGAUGGAUAUGAAAAACCUUUUGUUGUACCAUCCAAGGCACCCAAACCUCAACAAAAAAAACCUGUGAAAGCCCCACCAAAGGUAGUAGAGAAGAAACCGCCACCAGAGGGCGCUGAAGGUGGUAAGGAGGACAGCAGUAAUAGUGAUAGUGAGGAAGAGGAGGAGGAGGAGAGGAAGGCUCCAAGUGAACUCUUGAUGGAGUUUUUGGAGUGUUUGAUGAAGAAAGAAUACACCAUAGCUGCCAAGCUGUGCAAAAUGAUACUAAUUUAUGAGCCUAAUCAUCCAACUGCCUUACAGUUCCAACCAGUAUUAGAGGAUAAAAUUCUUAUAGAAGAAGAGAAAGAAAAGGAAUCAGGAAAUGAUGAAUCUGGAGAUGAUGAAUCUGAUGAUAGUGGUGAAGAUUCAGAUGAUGAUGAUGAUGAUGAUGAAGAUGAUGAUGAUAAGAGUGAGAGUUCAGAGAGUGAUGAAGAAGAGGAAAGAAACAGUGCUGAUGAAUUUUUUGAUGAAUUCAAACAAGACUCUGGUAUUGCAUCAGCAUCAUCUGACUGAUAGAAGCAAGCCAUCUGGUAGUCAUGUGAUGUGGUUUUGUUUGUGCCAAAUUGGAUAUAUUACAAAUCACACAACAUUCCUAAAUUUGUAAAUAGUAGACUAUUAUACAUUUUGAAUCUUCAUUAUCAGGAGAGUUCUAAUUUGUCCCUUGUGAUUUUAUUUUACAACAUCCCACUGUUUGUUACCACAUUCCAUACAAUGCCUUUUUAUAUUUUUUGCCUGGUUUGUUAUGUUAAAUGAUGUUUGUUUUCUUGUGUUUAUCAUAUAUAAUCUAUUCAUAAAUAAAUUGAAAGCCUUAUCAUCA